AUGCCAGAGCUCCGUCCCGUUCACUGGUCUAUCCCAGGCUAUUUUAACGGCAGGAAGACGCCUGCGAUGAUGCUCCUCGAGUCACCAGACUUCAACAAGUAUGGCGGUGGUCGGGGCCUGAAGGUGAUUCGCCUCUCACCCUCUUACCUCGCCCGUAAGAAUGGGCCUGGCUGGAAGAUGCCCGACAUCCCCGCCGCCGCCCGCGCACACCUUCCCGACGGUCGUACCACGCUCGAAAUGACUCGAGGCGAGUUUGCUUUCCACGUUAGCGAACAGUUCUACGAGCCCAUGAUGGACGCCACCGAGGCGUUUGCCGAUCGCUUCAACGCCGUCGCUCCCGACCUCAUGACGGAAGUGCUGCUGCGCUGGAACAACACUUACUGGCCCAUCGAUUGGAGCUUCUCCUAUCAGUCCGUGUUUCUGGGACACAGUCGCAUCAUGGGUCCGCAGUCUAUUAGCCAGGCCGGGUUCUCAGCCUUCGACUUGGUCGACGAAGAGUUCCUCGCCACGAAAGGCGAGUCCGGCGACCCGCUCUGCGUCUCCGUAUUCCUCGACCCCGCUAAGCCUGGCAUGAUCCACGUCUGCGCUACGCUUCCUGUCCUCGACAAAGAGGUGGAGGAUGACCUCAGCGCUCUCCUUUGCGAGAUUCUCAACGCUGCCGCUAUCGCUUGGAGGACCCGCACUCGCGCCACCCUUAUCCUCCGACAUACCGAGUACAUCUAUGUCAGCUUCGAAGAGUCGUCCAUUGAUCAGCCCAUCCCCACCAUCCGCAUCAGCACAGUUCAGCACGACAACCCCGCCCACCCCAACACUUCGCCCCACCCAUGGGGAUUCACAUUCCUCAACCUCGUCAUGGCGAAUCUCAGCUGGUGGUUCAAGGAGGGCGGUGACAAGCGCUGGCAGCCGUGCCAGCAGGACAGAUACUACGAGAGGCAUUGCAAACCCGAACACCUCGUGGAGUCCCCUGAAUCUCAAUCCGAAGCCCUUCCGACCAUCGAGGAGGAGUCUGCCAACGAGAGCCAGGACAAAACCAAGAGCAAGGUUGAGAAGCGCACGAUGCCCAAGGGCAAGAAGCGGAAGUCUAAGAAGAAGUAA